UUGGUGUAACACCCAACAGAACACCGACCCGUUAUCCCACAGCAGCACUCAUUUAAUUCUGUACCAGACCAGAACCGUUCGACAUAAAGACCGCGAGUCACGAGCCGAACCGCACCCGCAUUAAUCUACAACAUCAGUGCUGAUUUCAAACAUCUACUCCGGACAUACUGAAGUCUGUUUCUCAGUCCGUAUCCGAUCAGAUGGUGGAUCAGCACCAAGAGAUGAUGUCUACAGCCCUGAUCGUCAGCGGAGACCAGGACACCCAGAUGACCCCCAGAGAUAUAUCCCCAGAUAUAUCAACCAAAAAUAACAAAAUAACUAAAAUAUAAUAAAAUACCUAACUACAUAAUACUACUAUUGUUAGAAAUUGCAACAAAAUAAAAUAGAAAUAUAAACUUUUGAACUGUGGGUUUCGUCUGGUCAGAGGAGAACUGACCCCCGACUGAGCCUGGUUUCUCCCAAGGUUUUUUUCUCCAUUCUGUCUCAGAGGGAGUUUUGGUUCCUUGCCGCUGUCGCCUCUGGCUUGCUCAGUUGGGGACACUUAAUUUCUAGCGAUUAUCGCCGAUUUGAUUGCACAGAUACCAUUUAAACUAAACCGAGCUAGACAAUGACAUGUCUGAAUUCAAUAAUGAAAUGCCUUUAACUGAAAAUUGAGUGUUUAAUCUUAUCAUUAUACAUUACUGACACACUAUCCUCCAAUUUGAUACUGUUAAGUGCUUUGACACAAUCUGUAUUGUAAAAGCGCUAUAUAAAUAAAGGUGACUUUGACUUUGACAAUAUAUAUAUUGACAUAUCUUUUAUAAAUGACUAUAACAGCUAUAGAGAACAGCACUUCAGCCUUAUCUGAUUUAGCGUGUGUUUUACAGUCAAGUAACUGUGUUCAUACAGUAAAGCAGCACAAUAUUUUCAUUGUGAAUUGUUGUCAUUGUACAGAAACACCAAAAGCCAAAGUGACCAUUAAACCUGAUCAACAUGUGUUCAGAGGAGAUAGAGUCACUCUCAGAUGUGACAUAUAUGCUGAAGGAGUCUCUAGCUGGCGGUACAGCUGGUAUAAAGACGGUUCGGUCUAUGCUUUCAGUAGACUACAGUCUACAGACUACACAUUCAGUCCUGUUACUGAGUCUGACGCAGGCAAUUACUCCUGUAAUGGAGAAGAGAGAGAAAGAUCACGCAUCUCAUACCACAGUGAUGAAGUUAUCUCACACCGCAGUGAUGAAGUUACACUGACAGUAGCUUCAGUCCCCAGAGCAGUUUUAAGUGUUUCUACACAGACAUGGUUGACUGAAGGAGAUCCAGUGACUCUGAUCUGUGAGGUUAACGGCUCCUCUACAGGCUGGACAUUCAGCUGCUUCACUGAAACGGUCUCAUUAGGCUACAGAAAGCAUUAUGAGCUGCUCUCAGCUGGAGGAAACUCCACUGUCAGUUCUGCUGCUGUAAAUCACACAGGAGUUUAUGUGUGUGGAGCAGAGAGAGAAGAACCAGCCCAUUACACAUACAGCAACACACAGCCACUGUGGGUCACCGGUGUAAUCAAACCUAUUUAAUAAAUAUGGAGGUUGUUGUUGCUGAUCGUCAGCCCCAACAGAACUCAACACUUCAUCAUAGACUCUCUCUCUCUGAGCUGUGAGGACCAGAGUAACUCUGCUGGAUGGAGAGUGAGAAGAUACACAGACCGCUGGGGGCUGGACGAUUGUUCAUCACGUCGAGGAUCACAAACAGGAUCUACAUGUACAAUCAGAGACACCAUGCCAUCAGACACUGGAGUGUACUGGUGUGAGUCUGAAUCUGGAGAGAAAUAUCAUCCUGUUAAUAUCACUGUACACCUUGAUGUUUGCUCUUUUGGUGUGAUUCUGGAGAGUCCUGUUCAUCCUGUGACUGAAGGAGAUUCUCUGACUCUACGCUGUUUAUAUAAAUAUUCAACCCCACCAAACCUCAGAGCUGAUUUCUAUAAAGAUAGAUCACUCAUCCAGAGUCAAACCACAGAGAUGAUCAUCUCUACUGUCUCAAAGUCACACGAGGGUUUCUACUCCUGCAAACACCCAGAGAGAGGAGAGUCACCCAAGAGCUGGAUCGCAGUCACAGCGUCCUCCAGAAGAUCAGGACCUGAUGGUCUCGAUCCAGUGAUAGUUGGAGUGACUGCUGGACUGAAUGUCAUAUUUUUGAUCAUUGUCUUCUUGGUCCUGCUGUGGCGCUACAGAGACAACAAAGGUUCAUUUUCUGCCAUAUUAACCCUUUGAUGCACAACAUGGGUCUAAAAUGUUUCCUAUGUUAUUUCAGUCAUGACUGAAUGUUUAUUUGCUGAAUCUCUGAAAUAAAUGUUUUUCUAUCUUUUAUUAUUCCAGAUAGUCUUUAAAUAUGUUGUUUUUGACUUCCACAAAUCAUUUUGUUUAUUUUUGCUUCCUUAUUUUAUAAAUGUGAUAAAGCGAGUGCCACUGGGGGAUGUAACAAGUGUCCAGAAAGAUGUUAAAAUAUGAUGGCUCACCUGCAACAGCACUUUCGUGCACGGUGUAAUUUAUUUACAGUACCAAAAAUGUACAGUCCAGAGUGAAGUAUUUACAGGUGCAUAGUAACAAAGAAACAGCAAAAGAGGAAAAUAAAACAGGAAAAAUCCUAUAUAUGUGUUUCUUCAACUGGGGGCACUUUUAGCCUUGUGAAGUUGAAUAAAAAAAAAAACUUGUUCAAAAGUCACGUAACACAGUCUCAUAAGUUUAAAUAAUUUGUCUAGUUUUAAGGUCUGUAAGAGGACAAACUUAGAUUACAAGAGAAAUUGUUAAUAUUUUACAUUUUUCCGACCUGCAAUGAACAAAUGUCAUUUCCACCACAUCUCAACAUACAGCUGUUAUUUAAAUAUAGAAUAACUUAUGCCACUCAAGAAUUGUCUAAGAUCAUUUUUCUAACUAGUUUUACCAGUUUUUCCACAAUGUACAAUAAUUAUACAUUUGUCAAUGAGAUAAAUUAACUGCCCUGAGGACCAAAUGCUGAACUGUACACCUGUCACACUCUGAAAUAUAAUAUUGGUUUGGGUAAGAGCUUAUUAGAAAAUAAAUAACUUGAAUUUUUAUAUCAAGUAGAGCAUGAUCUCAUAAAUUGUGGAUACAUUUUUAAUGUGUGAUGAGAACUUUUUAUUUAUUUUUAAAAAAUGUGUGGUGAUGGAAAUGACAGGGUGUUGUGGAAAUGAGGAUGAAUUAACGUGAAUGUAGAGAAACAGCAGAGAUAUUUAUUAGAAAAAGUCUUAAACUCAUCACACUCAUUAAACUCAAUUCACAAAGUCAUUAAACAUAUCAAUUGUACUU